AUGCAAAUAACUUUACUUCCGUUUUGCACAGGGCACAACCCAAAUACACACCCAUACACAACCCAAAUACACACCCAUACACAACCCAAAUACACACCCAUACACAACCCAAAUACACACCCACACACAACCCAAAUACAUGUACACACCCAUACACAACCCAAAUUCACACCCAUACAAAACCCAAAUACACAUCCGUACACAACCCAAAACACACCCAUACACAACCCAAAACACACCAACACAACCCAAAUACACACCCACACACAACCCAAAUACAUGUACACACCCAUACACAACCCAAAUACACACCCAUACAAACCCAAAUACACACCCAUACACAACCCAAAUACACACCCAUACACAACCCAAAUACACACCUAUACACAACCCAAAUGCACACCCAUACACAACCCAAAUACACAUCCAUACACAACCCAAAACACACCCUCACACAACCCAAAUACACACCCACACAACCCAAAUACACACCCAUACACAAUCAAAAUACACACCAAUACAAAACCCAAAUACACACCCAUACACAACUCAAAUACACAACCACACACAACCCAAAUACACAUUCAUACACAACCCAAAUACACACCCAUACACAAACCAAACAUCCAUACACAACCCAAAUACACAUCCACACACAACCCAAAUACUAUUAGUUACACAGAAUUCCCUGCCAAUUACGAUUAUUCCACAACUGUUAAAAACACCCUUCCGUCAACUAUCAGCGCCACCUACCUUAGGUUAUAUCCCACACAGUGUAACAACUUCUGUAGUCUGCGGUUUGAUGUUAUCGGAUGUGAUGAAGUGACGACAACAACACUGCAGACGACAACAACAGUUUUAACUUCACAAAUACCCGAAGAAACAACAUCCCUAUCAACUGUAACAAUACCCGUAACAGAAGGACUCAUAACAAAAGAGCUUGAUACCGAUACUACCACCACAACCACCGCUAAGGAUCAAACCACACAUGUAGUAUCGACAGAACAGGGCAACACACGUGUAGUAUCGUCAGAACAGAGCAACACACGUGUUGUAUCGAAAGAACAGAGCAACACACGUGUAGUAUCGACAGAACAGAGCAACACACAUGUAUCAUCAGAGCAGAGCAACAUACUAGUAGUAUCGACAGAACAGAGCAACAUACAUGAAGUUUCGUCAGGUUCUCUUUGUCUAUGUACCUGCACAGAGGAAGACAAUUCAACAUUAACUAAACCGGAACUGGAAGUGAGAAUAUCAGACAUUAUAGAGAAUCUGGAGGUUCCUAAAAAUACAACAUCCAGCUUUAUAAGGAAGAAGAUAUCUGUCUAUGACAGACGCCCGGAUGCGGUGUACGUAGGGUCUUUAGGGAUAGCAGUAAUAUGUUUCAUUGCUAUUUUAAUUGUUGUUCCGGAUAUUGUGUCUGUUUUUUGUUAUAUUACGACUCGAAACGAAAAGGAGUUGUCAAGAUCUUUCCUAAAUAACGAAUAACUAAAGAAAGGAAAAAAAUUGUAAAUCUUUUUGUUGUAGAUUUAAGAAAUCUAUUUAUUAAUAAUAACCUAUUAUGACUAAUUUACCCUUAAAAUGAUAUGGAUAGUUUUCGUGCGAUUCGUUUUAACUUCGAGUUAUUUCCCUUAGCCGCCAUCUUGAAGGUUUAACUAGUAAAUUUUUAUGAUUGAGCAACCAAUUUUAAAUA